GGCGGUUAGGCGCAGCAUUUGAAUGCAGCGUUGUAAGAGCGGGCGGUAGCUGGUCUGCGCUUUGAGCUGCAGAGCUAGUGCAGUAAGUAACUACGGCCAGGUACGCUAGCGUCCUGCCUCUGUGAACGCAGCCAACGCGGCCUUUACGAGUGCUGGAUUAAAAGUAGCUACGUUUUUAUCAAACCCGCAGCCAUGGCGGCUGAGACUGACAGGGUAGAGCCUGCUGAUAGCGAGCAAGAAGAGGAAGUCGAAGAUGUGUACGAAGUGGAGAGGAUCAUUGACAUGCGGGUGGAAGAGGGUGAAGUGCUCUACAGAGUCCGUUGGAAGAAUUACUGCUCGGAUGAUGACACUUGGGAGCCAGAGGCCCAUUUAGAGGACUGUCGCGAGGUCCUCUUAGCUUUUAAGAAGUCCAUGGCUGAGGUCAAGGCCAAGAAAGAGGCAGAAGCCAAGAAGAUUGUGGUAAGUAAACCGCUGCCUGCAAAGAGUGACGUGUUUGAUGCCGACUCCGAGAGUGAAAGUGAGGGCAAAGACCAUCCAACUGAGGAGGCCAUCAAGAAAAAGAAAAAGACAAAAGUCCGGGAAAAAGAGGAGGAACCACCUCCAAAAGAGAAAAAGAAGAAGAAGAAGAAAGACAGACGGAAGGAGGAGUUCAGGCCUCUACCGGCACCCGAGACAGAUGAAGAAGAAGAAGAAGAAGAAGAAGAAGAAGACGAGGAGAAAGCCCUGACUCCACCCUCUCCUCCCAAGGAGAAGAAGACUGAUUCAAAAAAGCGUUUGGUUGACUCUGAAGAGGAGGACGACGAGCCUGUUCCCUCCAAAAAACACAAGAAGGAAAAGGGGAAAGACGGAGGAAAGCAUAAGAAAGAAAAGGGAGAGGAGGGGAAGAAAAAGAAAGGGAAGAAGGAAAGGAAGACGGAAACGUCUGAAGACGAGGCCGCUGCACCACUAGAAGACGACCUGAGCUUGUCAGAGUCCCCGAUGGACGAUGCUGCAUCGACGGAUACCGCGGUAAAGUCAGCUGAAAAAGCCCGUUUGGACGACAAAGGCAAACAAAAGAAAGGGAAGUGGGAAGUAAAGCUGCAGGGCAUUAAGGACCUCAUCCAUGACAAAAAGAGCAAAAAGCCAGACGCCACGCAGAAAGAAAGCAGCCUCCAGAAACUAAAGAACCUCACCUCUAAAGUCAAAGAGGACGCUGCUCUACAUUCAGACUCCAGUGAUAGCUCCACCCUACAUAAGAAGGCCAAGAGCAAAGGGCAGGAGAGCACGCCAGCACCACCCAAAGUCCCGUCUUCCUCCACAUCCUCUUCGUCCUCCUCGUCCUCUGUCACAGCAGCUAGCAGCACCAAGCUGAAGGAGGAUGAGGUGGCUAAAGAGGAGGUAUUGGGGCAGAAAGAUGCCACGGCCUCCACUAAUUUAUUUGAAAAGUUCUUGUUAAACUGCGAGGCCAAGGACCGGGCCCCCCGCAGGCCGCAAGUGCAUCAGCCUGCCGCAGAGAAGAUCAGCAGCAAACCCACAAAGCUAAUAGGAAAGAUUGAGAAGAUCCCCAAGACAACCAAAGAGUCUCCAGCUCAGAAACCAGAACCUGAGAAGAUGGAGAAGACCAAGCAAUCAGAUGUCUCCAGACCCGGCCAGAGUUACGGCUUCAGCCUGGACAGUGACGAGAGGGAGGCAGAAGAGUCUACAGCAAUGCAGAAGCCGGGAGAGGAUUCCCGGGAGAGGAAGGAGAGGCCAGAGGAGGCGCAGCGGCCCAGCUGGGAGAGGAAGACCCCAACAGAGGACAGGAGGAAGAGGAGAGAGGACAGUGAGCCCAGACUCUUCAUGGCAUGUGAUGACGGUCAGGACAACCAGGACCCACCAGAGGGCGCUGACAAAUCUGACAAAGGCCCAGCCACUUUGAGUCUAGGAAUGGACCUCAACCUGGACUGGAUGACUCUGGACGACUUCCAGAAACAUCUGAACGGGGAAGAUGAGAUCCUGUCAGGUCCACCGUUAUCACCCAGUGAGUUGCGGGAUGCUGUGAAAAGUGGAGAUUACAUGGCUGUGAAAUUGGCACUUAAUUCCAAAGAGGACUACAAUCUGGACCAAGAGGCUUGUACUAUUGAUGAGACGAGGUCAUUUGAAGGAGAGAGGCGCUUGAUUGAAGAGAGAAGUUCGAGCGAUGCUCUUAGGUUGACUUCUAACCUUGACAGUGCAAGAAAUGAAGAGGGUACUCCAAGAGUAAAAGACAAUAUCCCACAAGAUUUGGAUUGUCCAAAAGAUGGCGAAAAAAUGCCAAGCUGCCUUGUAAACACUGAGCAAGUGACACUGAGGGAAAAUGAAAAGGUCCAAACAGGUGGAAAGGAUAUAACUGAAUCCAAAAACGCUGCUUGUGAUUCAACUACCAAACAGGAAAGUCAAGGAAAAGAAGGUCCGAAGCAAGCAAAGGAAAACGCAAUGUCAGACGACACAAAUGGUGGUUUAUCAAGUAAAAUGAGUUUGCACUUUGAUUAUUCCAAUCUAAACAGAAAUGCAGAAGGGAUGCUGACAGGGGACGAUGACAAAAUGGAACCAAAGGGCGUAGCUAACGAGCAAAGGUCCCAUGGGGAAGCAAAUGACUCAAGUGAUGAGGCAGAGCAUGUGAUGGCAGGUCACUCAGAUGGUACAGAUCAAGUUCUGUCUGAGUCGGGCACAAAGGAGAUUCCUAAAAGGCGCGGCAGGAAAUCUGUGGACAACAAACAACCAACACGAUCCAGUUCAAGGACCUGUAAGAAAGUGUUUGAAACAAUACCUAGCACAGUGGGUGACGAGAGAAAAGAGACAGGAAAAAAGCACUUCUGUUUAUAUUGCAAAAUGGCUUUUACCCAACUUGCAAAGCACUUAGAAAAGAAACAUGCAGAGGAAAUAGAUGUUGCCCAUGCAAUACACUUUCCCAAAGGUUCCAAAGUUAGACAGUCUAUGCUUGACCAAAUUCGCAAUAAAGGAGAUUAUGAACAUAAUUGCCAAGUUCUCAAAAGUGGCGAGGGGGAAAUUGUGACCAAGAAACAGGUUAAAAAUCCCAGCGUAUCGGUUCGUGACUUUCUGCCUUGCCAGCACUGUUUUGCUUUUUAUCGGAAAACUGAUUUAUGGAGACAUGAGCGGUCAUGUAAGGCCAGAAAAGGAGAUCAGAAACCCUCUGACGGGACAAAAAGAAGCAGAGUCCACAGUGCUGCCUCCCGGCUGCUUCCAAUGUCCGAGUUCUUAACUGGAGGCUGUGAGGAAAUUAUUCACAUCAUGCAUCAAGAUGACAUCUCGAGGCACAUCAGAAAUGACCCACUUAUUUGUAAAUAUGGCAAUGCGUUGUCUGCUAAGUAUGACCAUGACAAGUCCCAGUUUGCUUAUAUUGCACAAAAGAUGAGGGAACUGGGUAGAUUCGUGGUGGCUGUAAAUGAGAUAGACAAGAGUGUGAAGUACUUGCAUGAAAUAUGUCUACCAUCCAAAUUUGAAUUAGCCGUUGAAGGGGCCAAAAAAGCUAGUGGUUUUGACCCCAGUUCCAGUAAGUUUAAAACCUUUUCCCUUGUCACAAAGAUCGGCUACUCUUUGAAACGAGCUGCAGAAAUAGCUUUUGGGGAAAGUCGCAUGACAGAGGACAGUGAAACUGAAAGUGAAGUGAAAAAGUUCAUACAACUUCUUGAUACAAAAUGGAGUGAGUGUUUUUCUCGCAAAGCUCUUGCAUUAUCUCUAAAGCAAGAAGUCAAGAAAGUGGAAGUAGACAAAUCAACUGUGACAGAAGAUUUGAUAAAACUCCACAAGUUUAUCACAGGGGAAGAAGAGGAAGCUAGGAAGGAGUUGAAAGAAAGUCCUAAUUUGUCAACAUGGAAAAAGCUCAGCGAGGCCACUCUGGCAGAUGUGUGUCUGUUUAACAGAGGAAGGGUAGGAAAUAUUGGUAGAAUGCUCUUGCAAACUUACACUUGCAAAAAGAGUAGGGGUACAUUUGUGCCCUCUGCCGAUCAAAUAAGGAAAAGCACAAAAUUGGAGCUUGACCUUGGUAGCAAUUUCACCAGGUUAGAACUAGAGGGUCAGUAUGGGAGGAACAUGCUGGUUAUGCUAACAGAAAGGAUGGUUUUGUCAAUCGACUUACUCAUUGAAAAUCGAGAACAGGCGGGUGUGUCGAAAACAAACCCAUACCUGUUUGCACGGACUGAAGGUCCAUCCUUCAUCAGAGGAUUGGAUUGUUUCCGAAGGUCUGCAAUGGAAUGUGGAGUUAAAAACCCAGAAGCACUUUUGUCCUCAUCGUUAAGAGAGCAAAUUGCCAGCUGCUGGCAGCUAAUGAGCCUCAGUGAAGGCGAAGUGGAUCAAGUGGCCAAGCUGUUAGGAAAGAGCAACGAGGAGUGUUACAGCCUCUCAAAAAAUGCAUCACAGCUGGAGGAAGUGAGCAAACAACUUCUCAAGAUGGAUCGAACACUGCCAUCAGAUUCACCCAGCACUGCAAGUGAUGGAACUGUGCAGAAGGCCACUUUAAAGAGAAGACCUUGGAAUGAGAGGGAGCAGGCUGCAGUGAAGCGUUACUUGAGUGAAUUUAUCACUGGGCUGAAGGUUCCAGGCAAAAAGGAGUGCAAUGCUUGCAUAGCUGCUGAACCAGAUCUUGGUGGAAGAUCUUGGACGGAUGUCAAAAACUAUGUACACAAUACUCUACAGACGAUAAGAAGGAGAAAUAACCAGCAUACGUCUGAAGGGAAUGUAAAUGUGAGUCCAAUGGAUCCAAAAGCUGGAGUGCAAACCACAGAGAAAGAUUUGGAAGACUCAAACAUCGUCUGUAGUCUGACAACAGUGCAUCCAGAUCACCUGAGGGAAAGUUCACAUUGUUGUAUGACAAUGGCUCCAACCAACUUCCCCCAAGAGAUCACUUCAACUUAUACAUCCUUGUGUUCUACUGGUGCAAACAUGAUCCAUACAGGUCAACCGUUGAUUUCUACUUUCACACCAUUGAAUGCCACGGAUACACAAGUGGUUCCUACAUUUACUCCACACAACACUACAAAUGCACUAAUGCCUCCUCCUUACACAUCAGAGAACAACAUAAUUAUGCCAUUGUCUCCGUCUUAUACGCAGAAUGCCACAAUUAUGCCACCAUCUUCUGUGUAUAUACCCCAGGACACUACAGGUUCAACAAUGAUUCCUAAUUUUGCCACCUUUACUGCUCCAAGCACGUCAAUGGUUCCUACAUUCACAAGUGCACCAAUGGUCCCUGAAUUCUCAGCACUAAAUGACAGAAGUAGGCCUAUCAUUUCUUCAUUCACACCUCUGAACCAUUCAAGUGCACCAGCUUACCCCACAGGCCCUUCACCAUGUAGGGCCCCUACAACUGCACAGGUUGUCCCAACAAUCCAUAGACCCAGUGUUCUUGACAGAACACCUCUUGUACAGGAAGCUAUAUCUGCUGCAGGAAAAGGAGUUACUCCAGCUGUCAAGCCUCAAAAGAGAAACAAGAGGUUGUGGAGUGAGGAGGAACAGGCUGCGGUGAGGCGUCAGUUUGGAGACUUCUGUAAACUGGUCAAAGUGCCAGGCAAAAAGGAUUGUGAUGCAUGUUUAGCUGCUGAACCUGCCUUGAACACCAGAACAUGGAGGGAAGUCAAAUAUUUUGUACAUAACUCAAUUCAGUCAAUGAAAAGAAGAGGGCAUGUUGUCGCCACAAAACAAAGUGGAGGCCAGGAACCAGAGACUCAUAAUAAUCCAAACACAGAUUGGGAUGGUCCCGUUUAUCUGUCCCUGUAAAUAUUUGUAAUGGACUUCCAAAAAAUAAGUGUUAAAAUAAGUGAUCUGUGAGAUUUUAGAGAUGUGCGAGGGCUGCGCUUUUAACCUCACAUUAUAUGGGGCUUAAGAAUUCAGUGGAUGUUAAUUGUUGUAAAAUGUACUGUCAGUGAACCAUGGUCUCAGUAGCCAUACAGAUCUUGACAAUUACAGACUGCAUUGCCAUUCUUUUUAUCACACUUUUUAAAAAGGUCCUGAAGUAUUCGGAAUCAAGUCCACCGGACCAAGCUAUUGGCGUACUGUUGCAUGAAUAUACACGAAAUGGGUGGAACAAAGGACAUUUGUAUUGUAGCUCUGGCUCAGAAAAGGCUGUUAAUGUUUUUAUAUUGUUAGAUUGCAUAUAAACAUAUGUUUCACAGUCAAAUAUGUAACACUCUCGAAAGUACUCUAAUUUAGAUGUGAUCAUUUAGUAAAUGUGAACCUCAUUUUGCUAGGAUUUGCAACCUGCCAGCAGUCAGCAGUGGCUGUGGCAAGUAGCCACUGUGGCACCCAAACAUGCUUUCACAAUUUCAAAUGCAAUAUUCUUAAAAAAAAAAUAAAAAAAAUAAAAGGUGAAAGCAAUGGCUGAAUUGUUUGGGACUCCCCAGUCAAUGUGUGACCAGGUCAUUUCCCACCAGCACUGAGCAAAGGUAGCCUCAGUGACUGUACAUUUCCAAACAGAGUUUUCCUCUUCAUUACUUAAAAACUUACUGAGACACAUAUCUAUCUUUCUGCCUAUACUGUUUUCAGUAGCAUUUUUAUGAAUUAUGAUGAUCAAAAACAAAUAGAAAACCUACCAGCAAAUCUUUGCAUCCAGUCACUCCAACAUAGAUGUGCAUAGACUUGCUUUACAUGAUUCCCAAAUGCCUGGCCCAAGUGUACUGUGUUCUUGCUUUAGCCAGCCACCUAUAUUGUAGAUGGCACCUGAUAGCCUGCAGCAGUGAUGGCAUUCCUUCCUUGCUGAUGUUAGACAAUUAAGAGCCCUAUUUGCAUAAUUUGCACUCUUAAUUAUGAAAAACAAUGUUUUCUUUGAGAAUCCUGUUGAUAAAUGUUCAUGAUCUUCAUUUAUGUUUUUUUUUCAUGUGUAUCAACUAGCUGCCGAAAGGUUUGGUUGAAUUUUUGUAUCACUAUACAGCAACUGUGUAUAACAUUUAAGUACUUUAUCAUAUUUGAUAUGCUUUAAUUUGAGGUAAUUACACUGCAUUGGUCUCAUUUGUAUCACUUUGUUUUAUGCUUUUAAGAUGUGGAUGUUUGUGACAUUAAUAUCCAGUUGCCAAGUUUAGAUUGCCUUAUUUUGAUUAUUUGCUCGAUUGCAUUUUUUUCCUUUUCAUGUGAUCACAUCUAGCACACAGCAUAGUAAGUGCAGUUUUUGUUUUUAAGAAGUAAAGUAUUAUUACAAAAGUUAAUACAGGUGAGCUACCCAGGGGCCCACAUACAGACCUUGUUUGAGGUUUUAAAAAGGAUAUUGAACAACAUUUCAACCUACAUUUAUCACUAGUAGACUGUUAACAGGCUCACAGGCUUUGAAACCGUAGUCCUAGCUAAACAGGGUCGUCACAUUUCGGUUUCAAAGCGUGGUCAUUGUAGUGUUUAUUUUACACUGGAUAGUCAACAAGGUGUGUGGAUCUGUUUGGUCAGGUCAGUUGGCUCUUCAGAUGUCUUCAUUAGGACACCUGGAAAGAAUAUGCAGUCUACAGUAAUUUUAAAAUUUUCUUUGUGAUCAAAAGGAACUGAAGUUAUGGUUAAGAGUUCCAGAUAGCGCUGCUGCUGCUGUCAUGGACAACGAUUUUGUGGUAUCCUUGGUUGCUGUAUUGAAUCUGUUUAGAAUACCCAGUGUUCACCCUUUCAUAUCAAAGCCAUUAGUGUCAGACAUGAGACAUCAGAAAACCCAUUUUAAGGCCGCGUUCAGACAGCCUGCGUCGGCCUUCCGACUGUCCGGCAACAAACACAGGUCUUUCCAUUCAUUUUUAAUGGAGGUCGUUGGGGUUGCCAAAGGGGGGGACACGCAAAAAAAAACGCAGCGGGCCUGCGGCAAAAAGUUGAGACCGACUCAACUUUUGAAGAAACGCAACCCAACAUCACGCUGCAGUAGCCAAUCAUGUAAGCGGAGAUCAGACUUCGAGCUAUGGUUUGAGGCGGUGUGAGAAUCCCGUACAGUUAACAGGAAACAUCACUGCCUUUAUAGCUGCCACAAGAAAGUUUAAAAAAAAAACGAAACGCAAGCACUGAAGUGCCCGGGAGUUGGGGUUAAUAGUGUAAUAGCUGAAUGUUUCCUGCAUCAACAAAGCACUCGCCAUGUCUCGCUCGUCUCUUUUCUUCCUCUCUCCCCCUGUGAAAUAAAGCUGCCUUACGUGAAGUCGGAAACGUCGAUCUAUAAACAAUUUGACGGAAAGCAGUAAUUGUGAACUAUAAGUUCUACUUGUGCUACACUGGGGGGCUAGAGAACACAACAGGACCACACACAAAUGGGCUGUUUCAUUGACACCCCCCAACCCCGCGGCAAAUUGCCGGAUUUCUUUUUUUUUUUUUUUUGUCUGUUACAUUUUGUCUGGCAAAUAAAUCUCUUCAAUGUCUACAGUUCACACACUAUCCUUGCUGUUUGAUGUUGCAAAGCAACAUUUCUUUUUCUCUGUAGAUAACUUUCUUACAUUGCUAUUGUAUAAGCAGCCAGUGCGUGUUACUCUUCAUCCUGUUGUAAUUAUGUUGCCUUCAGUUAAUGCUUCUUAUCAAGUAUUGUAAGUAAGGUAUAACUUCAGCUUGUACAAUAAAAUGCUUAUUGUAUUCAAAUGUGAA